UUAUAAUUGAGUAAUUCGACGUAUGAAUAAUGAGCUAGAAGAGGAGAAAAGCUUUUAAAAGAUAGGGACCGGAUGUUGUCGGUGCAAUUUCGGUGCUUGGUGACAUAGGGUGAUGUAGUCCAGUGUAGCCUCCUAAUAAAAAAAAAACAAAAAACAGGAUAACGUUAGCAUUUUGACGGAAUAAACUAGCCAGAAAUUAUCCAUAGCUUUCGACAACAUUUGCCUUAAUAAACGCCCUAUUUUUCAUUUUUGACACGGGCCUAAUUUCGCCUUUGAAUGCAGAUUUGUCUGGCUAACGCUGCUACUCUACAAUGACUCGAGGGUAUCGUUCGAACUAAAAAGUAUUCCCACGCAUUUUACGUGUUUUCCGGUGUCAUCUCGCCUCUCUGAACAAUUUAUCCCCUUUAAUAUAAGCUGAGUUUUGAUCUUAGAAGGUAAAGGAAACGACGACACACGGACAUUUAAAAGGACGAAUCUGUGAUGGAUAAUGCACACACAAAAACUGUGGAGGAGGUUCUGGGACACUUUGGAGUGAACGAGUCGACAGGCCUCAGCUGUGAGCAACUCAAGAAGAACAGGGAGAGAUGGGGACCUAAUGAAUUGCCAGCUGAAGAAGGGAAGUCACUAUGGGAGCAUGUGUUAGAGCAGUUUGAGGAUCUGUUGGUCCGAAUCCUGCUGCUGGCUGCCUGCAUUUCAUUUACUUUGGCCUGGUUUGAAGAGGGGGAGGGGACAGUCACAGCGUUUGUGGAGCCGUUCGUGAUUCUCCUUAUCCUUAUCGCUAAUGCCAUUGUAGGAGUGUGGCAGGAGCGUAAUGCAGAGAAUGCCAUUGAGGCACUGAAGGAGUAUGAGCCUGAGAUGGGAAAAGUUUAUCGUCAGGACAAAAAGAGCGUCCAGAGAAUCAGAGCCAGAGACAUUGUGCCCGGAGACAUCGUGGAGGUGGCCGUUGGAGACAAGGUUCCGGCUGACAUCAGGCUGACGUCCAUUCGCUCCACGACUCUGCGUGUGGACCAGUCGAUUCUGACUGGAGAGUCUGUGUCUGUGCUCAAACACACUGACCCUGUGCCGGAUCCCAGAGCCGUCAACCAGGACAAGAAGAACAUGCUCUUCUCUGGUACUAACAUAGCAGCGGGUCGGGCCAUUGGAGUGGUCGUAGCGACAGGAGUCCAGACGGAGAUUGGGAAAAUCAGAGAUGAAAUGGCCUCGACGGACCCUGAACGCACCCCAUUGCAGCAGAAACUAGACCAGUUUGGAGAGCAGCUGUCCAAGGUGAUCAGUGUGAUCUGUGUGGCUGUGUGGGCCAUAAACGUGGGUCACUUUAACGACCCUGUGCAUGGAGGCAGCUGGCUCCGAGGGGCUGUGUACUACUUCAAGAUCGCUGUGGCUUUGGCUGUUGCUGCUAUUCCUGAAGGCCUCCCUGCAGUGAUCACCACCUGCUUGGCCCUGGGCACGAGGAGAAUGGCCCGAAAAAAUGCUAUAGUGCGCAGCCUCCCCUCAGUGGAGACUCUGGGCUGCACCUCUGUCAUCUGCUCAGACAAAACUGGGACCCUCACCACCAACCAGAUGUCUGUCUGCAGGAUGUUUGUUGUGGAGAAGACUGUCUCUGGAGAUCAGUGUACCUUGAGUGAGUUCACAGUGACUGGGUCCACAUACGCUCCAGAAGGAGAAGUUUACAAAGAUGGUGCAGUGGUGACAUGCAGUGAGUAUGAAGGACUGGUGGAGAUGGCCACGAUCUGUGCUUUGUGCAAUGACUCCUCACUGGACUACAACGAGGCUAAAGGGUUGUUUGAGAAAGUCGGAGAGGCAACAGAGACUGCCCUCUGCUGUCUGGUGGAAAAAAUGAAUGUUUUUAACACGGAUCUGAGAGGACUGAGCCGAUCAGAGAGAGCCACAGCCUGCUGUACUGUGAUAAAGCAGCUGAUGAAGAAGGAGCUGACUCUGGAGUUUUCUAGAGACAGAAAGUCGAUGUCCGUUUUCUGUUUGUCCAAUAAACUGUCUCGCUCAGCCACUGGGUCCAAGAUGUUUGUGAAGGGAGCUCCAGAGAAUGUUUUGGAGCGCUGUAACUACAUCCGCAUCAAUGGCACUUCUCGUGUGCCCAUGAGCAAAGCAAUGAGAGAGCAGCUGCUGUCCACAGUGAGAGAGUGGGGAUCAGGCCGAGACACACUACGCUGUUUGGCCAUGGCAACGAGAGACACGCCCCCUGACAUCAAAACACUAAAUCUGGAAAACUCUGCCACCUUCGCCAACUAUGAGUCUGACCUGACAUUCGUGGGCUGUGUUGGGAUGUUGGACCCUCCUCGUAAAGAGGUGCUCAGUGCAGUAAGAAUGUGUCGACAGGCUGGGAUCAGAGUCAUCAUGAUCACAGGUGACAACAAGAACACAGCUCUGUCUAUCUGUCGGCGUGUGGGCAUCAUAACGGAGCAGGAGGAGGAGCAGGAAGGUCCAGGGGCCACGGGGGGUUUGACGGGGAGAGAGUUUGACGAGCUCCCCCCUCACCUCCAGCGUCAGGCCUGUCGAACGACACGCUGCUUUGCCAGAGUAGAGCCUGCACACAAGAGCCGCAUUGUGGAGUAUCUGCAGAGCCUCAGCGACAUCACAGCUAUGACAGGUGACGGAGUGAACGAUGCCCCCGCGCUGAAGAAGGCAGAGAUCGGUAUUGCCAUGGGCAGUGGCACUGCUGUGGCCAAGUCUGCUUCCGAGAUGAUUCUGGCCGACGAUAACUUCUCAACCAUAGUAGCGGCAGUGGAGGAGGGACGUGCCAUCUACAACAACAUGAAGCAGUUCAUCCGAUACCUUAUCUCCUCCAACAUCGGAGAAGUCGUCUGCAUCUUCCUCACAGCGGCCUUGGGAAUGCCUGAAGCCCUGAUUCCAGUACAGUUGUUGUGGGUGAACUUGGUCACUGAUGGUUUUCCGGCCACAGCUCUGGGCUUUAACCCUCCAGACCUGGACAUCAUGUCACGGCCUCCUCGCUCUCCAAAGGAACCACUCAUCUCUGGGUGGCUUUUCUGUCGAUACCUCAUUAUCGGCUGUUAUGUUGGAGCAGCCACUGUAGGAGCUGCUGCUUGGUGGUUUAUGGCAGCGCAUGAUGGACCUAAAGUCUCCUUCUAUCAGCUGUCUCAUUACCUCCAGUGCAGUGAGGGCCAUGAGGAUUUUGCUGGAGUACAGUGCUCUGUGUUUGAGUCUCCGAUGCCUAUGACCAUGGCUCUGUCUGUGCUGGUCACCAUCGAGAUGUGCAAUGCCCUCAACAGUCUUUCAGAAAACCAGUCCCUGCUGAAGAUGCCUCCCUGGUCAAACCCGUGGCUGAUGGGAGCCAUCUGUCUGUCCAUGGCUCUGCACUUCCUCAUCCUCUAUGUCGACCCGCUGCCCAUGAUUUUCCAAAUCCGGCCUCUGUCCUGGCCUCAAUGGGUGGUGGUGUUGAAGUUGUCUCUUCCAGUGAUUUUCAUGGACGAAGCACUCAAGUUUUUGGCUAGAAAUUACAUUGAACCAGGAACACAGAUUCAGUCCCUGGAGGAGGAGGAAGAGCAGCGGAGGAGAGGAGGAGGGGCGGGCUUUGGCACUUGGAUACAGCUGUCGCUAAGAGGGGUGUCCUGGGCGUUCGUGGCUAUCGUAGCUCCUUUGGUUUUAUGGAUCUUCAGCCUGGACUCUGACAUCACCAACAUCUUCUGGGAGUGAAAAAGUUUAAGUUAUAUAUAAUUAAUUUGAAAAUACAGGAACGGUGAUGUGGAGAGGAGCGAUUAGAAGAAAAUAAUUGGUUUAAAAGAUUAGUUUAUCUACAAGAAAUUGAAGGAAUGGUAAGUUAAGCAUGGACGUUAUUUGGUUGUGAGCAAAGGUUUUGAAGUAAAUCCAAAAGACAAUCACAAAUAAAACAUUGUACAAUUUUGUCACUUUUCAUUGUUUUGAAAGGUGCUAUGUGUAGCUUUAGCCAUUUCCUUCACUACUAUUACACAACUGAUAUUAUGCUAGUUAAAGUAGCAUUAUGUAACUUCUCUGUUGGAGGGUCCAUCACCUUGUCUCCAUGGAAAUUGCCAAGUUUUAAGCCAUUUGGUGGAACAUUCUAGGCAAAACAACACUGAUUCAAAAUUGCAAUUUCCAUAGAGAAUAGAAGGUUUCAAACUUUACGUAAUACUGAUAUUUGUAACAAGUGUGAAAUUACUUUCUUAUAAUUUUUUCCAGUAUAUUUUAAUAAUGAUUUCUAAUGCUUAUUAUUUCAGAAAUGUAUUAUUAAAAGUGCACAGAAGCUUUAGAAAAAUUCAGAGUACUGCGGAAUGGUUUCAACAUUUCAAGUUAUAUUAUCUGUCAGUUGUGAAUCAGGAAUCUGUUAUAACAGAAGUUUGUAAAAUAACUACCGUACUACCUUAACUAGAGGAAACUACAAUUACUAUUACAUUUUAAGUUUCUGUGGGAAAUGCUACACAUAAUGCCUUUUAAACCAUUUUGCAAUCAGUUUAUGAACAAAAGGAAAAUACAAUACAGUACAAUUGCACUCAAAUCCAUUAGCUUUAUAUCACUGCUAAUAAUACUAACACUGCUGAAAUGUUAAACAUAACAUCACUGUUUAAAAUUCUUAUUGAAAAAGCCAUUUAUUUACAUCUGUUUGUUCAACACUAGAGUCAGUCAUGGUAAUAAGACUUCCUGCUAUCUUUUACUCAAUAACACCUCUUACUGGAGUGUGCCAGCAUAGUCAAAACUCACCAACGUUAAAGCCUAUAAUGUAACAAUAUAGGUCUAGUUUUUCACAAUAUGCUACAUGAAAAUUAAAGGUGCACUGCUUAACUUUUCUGGAGGAGAGUCCUUAACCUGCUUGUAUCAUAAAAUGUCAUAGCUUUUCCUGGAAUGUUCCUCAUUAUAGUAUAAACUUGUAUAUCGUUCAUUUAUUCAGUUUCAGGCAUUUUAUUGUCCAAAAAAUACUUGGUUUUGGAAUCGUGGAGAUUACUAAGUUUAAUGCCAUUUAGAGGAACAUUACAGGAAAAAACUAGAAUAUCUCCCUCCAUCCACCAGAAAAGUUUUCUUAAAUCCAAUGAAAUGAUUGUAUUGAUAAAGGGUUGUUUUUUUAUUUGAUAAUCCAGUUUAUGUGGGAGGAGAAAGAGUUAAACCACUUUUCUUUUUCUUUUUUUUUUAAAUUUAAGCACUGUUUGCCUCAUUGUGAUUUGAAGCUCAUAGUUUUUUCCUGCCUGUUUUUCUAUUGUUUUAGCUUGAAUUUGUGUCUUAACACGUCGCUUGAAAAAUGCAAAAAUGGAAAAAGUGUUUAUUUUUUUGUAUGACACUUAAUUUUAUGUAUUUAUAUAUUUGAUUAUUAAUUGUGUUAUUAUCAUUAUUUAUUUGUAGGUCAGCGUGUCAUAGGAUAGUAGUGGAAUAAGACUUGAUGUGUUGAAGGUUCUUUGAAAGUUGUGUUUAAAUAAAGGUGGAAAGGGGAUUUUGAAUA